AUGAGAAUUCGAAUCCGCGGGCCUUCGGGUCAGUCAACUGUUACCCUGGACGAUUCCGCAACCAUCAAAGAUCUCCAAACCCAAAUUGCAGAGAAGACCGGCCUUGCUACCUUUGACGUCAAAUAUGGAUACCCUCUCAAACCACUUGAGCUUGACAGCUUUCAACAAGACCAAAGGCUCUUGGAAGUUGGGAUACAUUUGAACGGAGAGUCACUCAUCGUCGCACAGAAAGAGGGUGCCACCCGGGGCGUGAGCGACGAUGCACCAACAGCGCCACCACAACCAUCACCAUCACAGCCAUCAAUGUCACAAAGACCACAAGAGAACACCGCCGAAGACCCGCCAGAAAUUCCCUCCCCAGAACAUGCUGGCACGUUCGUUCUCCGGGUGAUGCCUGAUGACAACUCCUGCCUUUUCCGAGCAGUGGGCGCUGCAGUCAUGGGCGAUAUGGAUACAAUGGUUGAGCUACGAUCGAUCGUUGCAGGAGCUAUUCAAUCAAAUCCAACAGAAUAUACAGCAGCGAUUUUAGGCAAAAAACCGGACGAAUACUGUACUUGGAUCCAGAACGAGGACUCGUGGGGUGGCGCCAUCGAGCUCAAAAUCCUCAGUGAAUACUUCAAUAUCGAGAUAUGCUCCAUCGAUGUACAGACUUUGAACAUGUUCCAGUUUAAUGAGGGAGCACCAACGCGGUGUAUUGUGGUGUAUUCGGGGAUCCACUACGAUGUCCUUGCGUUGUCCCCCUCUCGCCCGCCCUACACUCGUGCCAACCCCCUGCCGCAUGACGAUACAAAGAUCUUUGAGGCUGUUGACCCAGUUGUUUUGCAAAAGGCCAAAGAAUUGUGCCGGGUGUUGCAAGGCAAGCACUAUUACACGGACACUUCUGGAUUUACUGUUCGCUGCAACGUCUGCGGAGGCACAUUCACUGGGGAGAAGGGCGCUGCGAAGCAUGCCGCGGAGACUGGGCAUUACGAUUUCGGAGAGGCGAGCUAG